AUGAUGGAGUUUUUGGAGGAGCAGUGUCGAAUUUCUGAGAAGCUCGAUACCAGCGUGAAAACAUCGACGGAAAGUACGAAGCCGAAAACAGUGGCAAGGAGCCUGGAAACAAAACCCGCUGAAGUCGCAGUCAGUGGUCUGAACGGCAAUAGAACUCGUCUUUGCCGUAAACUGCGCACGACGAUCAGGUCUCGUGCCAGUGACUUUACAGCUGAGUUUGACUUCCUAGUGACACCACGAAUCACUGGGGAACUUCCGACGAAGUCUUUCGACAUAUCACAGUGGCCCAUCUCGAGCGAACAGGUGCUGGCUGACCCUACCUUCAACAGAAGAGGACCUGUCGAUAUGCUGAUUGGCGCUGGAAGUUUUUGGAACCUGAUGCUUGACGGCCGAUGUGAACUUGGCCCGAACCGACCUACGCUGCGAUACACAAAGCUGGGUUGGAUCGCUGGAGGUGUGAUCGCGAGCGACACGACGGUCGUUGCGCGUACACUUUGCCAAACUGCUGACGAUGAGCCGCUCAUCGAACUGCUGAGGAACUUCUACAAGGUAGAAUCCUGCGACGAGCUCCGCCCUUCCCCGAAGGCGGAUGACGAAGCGUGCCUGGAACACUUCCGGCGCACACACGAGCGAACUGAGGAGGGACGGUAUCUAGUACGACAUCCGUUCAACGAACGUAAACGCGAGCUUGGCGGCUCGCGAGACACAGUACUGCGACGUUUUCUGGCUUUGGAGCGAAAAAUUGACAAGCAGCCGGACUUAAAGGAGCAAUUCGGUGUCCUGCGCCGGUGUUUGUGGUUCGAAGCAUCAUACCCAUUGCACGGGUUUGUCCCGUGA